AUGUUACAAGAAAGCAGCGGAACGUCAGUUUGCAGAAUUGCAAUCGACCAGAAUGACCCGACGGGUUGUGGUGGAUUGUGUGCUUUAGAUACGGAAGCAUGCCAAUUAGUAGACAAGGCUCGUGGUGUGCGCGUUUGCCGUUUGUUGUCUCAGGUCACAUGUUCUCCACAAGAAUGGCGUUGCCGCAACGGCUUUUGCGUUUCGGCUGAUGCCCGCUGUGACGGCUCUAUACAAUGCUACGAUCGCUCUGACGAGAUGCAUUGUGAUUGCGACUUGUCUAAGCAGUUUCGCUGCGGACAGUCUAUUUCCUGUUUUUCUAAUACGAAACUAUGUGACGGUGUAAUCGAUUGUUGGGACGGCUUUGACGAAGUAAAUUGCACAGCAGAAUGUCCAGAAGACCAAUUCACAUGUACAAACGGACAGUGCAUUCUCUCCACACGGUUCUGCGACGGUUUAGCUGACUGCGGCGAUGGCAGCGACGAGCCCAAUGGAUGCGAUGGCGCAUGCAAUGCCCACGAGAUACGAUUUUGGCUUCAAACUCCUAUAAAAACUGACAUGGCCGAUAGUGAUGAUGAAUACGACCGUAAAAGACGCGACAAGUUCCGUGGCGAAAGAGGAGCAGCAGAAGGAAGUAGCUAUCGUAGCGGCGAUCGUCGAGAAGACAGAAAUCGUGGUCGAGAAGAAUGGUCUGAAAGAGAUUCUUGGGUUGGAAGAUCUCGUGGAGGUCGAUCUGGUCCUGACUACAGAGACUACAGAGGGGGAGCAAGUGCCAGUCGAGGGUAUUCGCCGGUGAGAGGAGAAGGACCACCUAACAAGAGAAUUCGACCUGAGUGGCCUAUGGAGGACAGAAGAUAUGGAGGAAUGCCACAUGAUGCUUAUGGAUCUUAUGGCUGGGGCCAUGACCACUUUGGUCCCCAUCCUGCACACCAGGGCUAUGGGCAACCAAUGCCACCUGUUCCAGCCAGAGAUGCAGUUAUACCAAUGGGACCAGUAGAUGGUCCUCCUACUAUGAUGUCUUUCAAGGCUUUCCUGGCAGCACAAGAUGAUUCAAUCACAGUGGAUGAUGCCAUUCAGAAAUAUAACGAAUACAAACUAGAAUUCAGAAGGCAACAGCUUAAUGAGUUUUUUGUCGCUCACAAGGAUGAGGAAUGGUUCAAGAUCAAAUAUCAUCCUGAAGAAUCUGUAAAACGCAAAGAAGAGCAAUUAGCAGCAUUGAAGAAUAGAUUAAAUGUCUUCCUUGAGUUAUUACAAAAUGGAGAACUGGAUAAAGUAUCAGUAGAUGUUGACAAGUCUGACAAAUUGAUAAGGCUACUUGAUACUGUUGUUAUCAAACUAGAGGGUGGGACUGAAGAGGAUUUAAAGGUGUUGGAUGAUCCUUCACCACAAGAAAGCUCCAACAAUAAUGAAAAACAAGACAAAAAUAACACUGAGAAACCAGUAGUAAUUGAUGUCGACGAGGUAAAAGUCAAGGACGAAAAGGAUGAGCCAGAUCAAGAAAAGGAUAAGAAGGCGGAGUCGCCGAAGCCAACUGCACCUCUUACAAUGGAGAUAGACCCCCAUCUGCGACAGCUGCAAGAGCAAGCGAAAUUGUUUUCGCGAUUUAACUCCCAACCGGGUAGUGAGAACGAAUCUGAGAAACCACCGGAGAAGGAGCCUCCUCCACCUGCUGUUUCAUCAUCAAGCUCUUCGUCAUCUAGUUCUUCAUCGUCGAGUUCAGAAGACGAAGGCGAAACGACCACUCGUCGCAAAUCCAAGUCCAAAUCGAAGACACCGGAGAAAUCGCCCAAGCAAAAAGAGAAAUCACCGAGCGUGGAAAAGAUCGACGAUGCGCCCGAAACGGAUAAAGCAAAGGAGAAUAAUGGAGAAAAUAAAUCGGAGAGUGGUAAUGAUGCUACAGUAGAGAAGAAGGAGUCCCGCGCUCUGCAUAAGACUACGUCGAUAUUCUUAAGGAAUUUAGCUCCAUCCAUCGCCAAGGCGGAAGUUGAAGCUAUGUGCAAGCGCUACGGCGGCUUUCUCCGCGUGGCAUUGGCCGACCCUUUGCCAGAGAGGCGCUGGUUCCGCCGCGGCUGGGUGACCUUCCGGCGCGAGGUCAACAUCAAAGACAUCUGCUGGAACCUCAAUAACAUACGGUUGCGCGAGUGCGAGCUGGGCGCGAUCGUGAACCGCGACCUGCAGCGGCGCAUCCGGCCGGUGUCCGGCGUGACGGGGGAGCGGGCGGUGCUGCGCGCCGACGCCCGCCUCGCCGCGCGCCUCGCGCACCUCCUCGACACGCGCACCGCGCUGUGGCGCGCCGACGCCAAGGACGCCACGGACGCCGACGCCGCCGACGACAAGCGCGACGACAAGCCCCCCGCCGACGCCGACGCCGACAAUUUUAGCCUCAACUCGAAAAAUCCCGUGCUUCACAAAAUAACCGAGCAUCUGAUCGAGGAAGCGUCCACGGAGGAGGAGGAACUUCUUGGUCUGGAGACCUCCGCGGAGUCCGCUGCGACGGAGCAGGCCGAUCCCGAGCUGAUCCGAGUGUUGGACCGUCUCGUGCUCUACCUGCGCAUUGUGCACUCGGUGGAUUACUACAACCACUGCGAGUAUCCUUACGAGGACGAAAUGCCUAACCGCUGCGGAAUAAUGCACGCCCGCUCUGGACCACCGCCCAAUAAGCCAACGCAGCAAGAAAUACAGGACUAUAUAAAAUCGUUUGAAAACAAAAUGUCUGCUUUCCUUCAAGAUGCUAAGCCCCUAACCGAUGAGGAAUUGCAAAAGCUCGGUAUUAAGGAUCCAGACGCGGAAGUUGAGAAGUUCGUUCAAGCCAACAUUCAAGAACUGUCAAAAGACAAAUGGCUAUGCCCACUGAGCGGUAAAAAAUUCAAAGGGCCUGAUUUCAUCAGAAAACAUAUUUUCAACAAGCACGCCGAAAAGGUGGAUGAGGUGCGCCGCGAGGUGGCGUACUUCAACGCGUACGUGCGCGACGUGCGUCGCCCGCAGCAGCCCGAGCCGCCGACGCGCUCGCAGCCCGCCCCGCACGCCCCGCCGCCCGGCCCGUACGGCGGGGUACCGGGCGGGGGGCCGCCGGCGCGCGGCUGGGCGUGGGGCGGCUGGGCCCCGCCGGCGCCCUACGCGCCCAGGCACCCGCGCUUCUCGCGCCCCAGGGAAAAUGUGGAUCGGUCCCGGCCCAUUAUUGCAUACAACGAUCUUGACUUCCCGGACAGCGGUGAUAUAUUC